CCGCAUCCAGUGCAGCCCCAGCUCAGGCUCACUUGGCUGGAGACAUCUGCUACUGGAGGAUGUUCUCUUGCUGCCUUCUCACCUCUGGGGGCUCUGGCUCCCAGGAACCCCAGGGGUGCGGCUUGUUCCUAUGCUGUAGGCAGUGGCUCCACCAUAAAAACCAACGCGUCAGGGCGGUGAUCCGGAGGCGCCGUCAGAGCUCCACCCGGGUCGUGGGGCGCGAGCGGGAGGAAGGGGUCGUCUGCCCCACCGCCUCCAGGAGCAGGGAGGUGCCCUGUGCAGCUAACAGAGGCCAGCGCAGGCUCAAGGGUGCAGGGGCCACGGCCGGGAAGGGGCGUCCGAUCUGCCCGACCAAGCCCAGCCGGACGGAGCUGCUGGAGCACGAAGUCCGACAACUGCUGCUCGCCUUGCUGCGCCGGGACGUCAUCUCAAUUUUCAACUUUUUGGAGGAUUAUCGUACAUUCGCCACCACGGACGAGGUGCUGGACCUGCUGUUCACCGAGUAUGGGUGCAUUGAGGCUGUGUAUGGUGACAACGAUGUGGUCCUGCAGCGCUGGAAACUGGCCAUCUCCUGCAUGAUGGAAAUAUGGCUGGAUUAUUAUCGGGACGACUUUUAUCAGCUCCCAAAAUUUCCCUCCCUUAUGAAAUUUCUGGAAUUCAUAAGACAGCACAUGCCAGGCUCAGACGUGGAACUCCGGGCCCGGCGUUACCUCCAGCAAUUCAGACGCCUCCAUGCAGCGGAGCCAGAGGCUGGGGCUUCGGCCCGAGGAAAACACCUUGAAGCAGCUCAGGAGCGUGCCCCAGCUCUGACCGUGGGGCCUGCUGCCCCGUCGGGGCCUGAGGGGAUCGAGGCCGUCCUGGCUGCUGAGGGUGAGGGCUUGGCCCGCACUGAGGUGCCCACUGGGGAGGCGAAGCCCCUAGAGAUAGUGGUCACUGCUCUAGUUCACUGCUCUGCACUGGAGGAGCCCCCUGAAUCCCUGGGAGCCCUGGAGGAGGAGCAGGCGCCACCCCCUGCUCUCGAGGUCGUGGAUGUGCCCGAGCCGCCUCCUAACUUGAUGGAGCAACUAGACUUGGGGCCAGAGCAACCCUGUGAACUACCUCGGGAGCCUGCCCCAGCUUCUGCCGAGGGGCUCGUGGUCGCUGCAGCCCAAUGGAGCCUUUCCCUCCCCGUCAUUGCGCUGUUCCUAUAUUUUAUGAUUUUCAUAAACCUUCUGUAAGGGCUUAUGUAUUUUAUUUUUAAUAAAGGAUAAGUUAACUUGGU